AUGCCGAUCAUCUCCAUCGCCGGAGCACAAGCAAAAUCCAAUCGCAAUUUCGCCUCCGAUUUCGAAGCCUUCGUCACGCGGUGGCGAUGCGUCCGCACGAUGACGACGACGACAACGACAACAACAACGCAAGUGCCGCCACGCCAACGCUGUUCAAAAUCGAACUCGCCCUGUUCACGUUCCGUGCCCGCUUCCUCCGACUCGUCGCACGCGCUUUCGCGCCUAAAAACAGAAUAAAAGGUCGAGGGCAGCGAAGGCAGAGCACGCGCCCCCGAAACCGAAUCGCCGCCAUUCAGAUGAGCGUCUGCCCUAAGGAGCGGCUCACCUCCCUCCUCCGCAAAGCCCGCAGCCUCAUCGGCCUCGCCACCACCGCCACCGCCGCCUCCGCCACCGCCGCCUCCCUCUCCUCCUCCGCCUCCGCCUCCUGCGCCGCCGCCGCCGCCAUGGACGACCUCCAGGCCACGAAGACCCGCGUCUGCAUCAUCGGCAGCGGCCCCGCGGCCCACACCGCCGCCAUCUACGCCGCCCGCGCCGAGCUCAAGCCGAUCCUGUUCGAGGGGUGGAUGGCCAACGACAUCGCCCCCGGCGGCCAGCUCACCACCACCUCCGACGUCGAGAACUUCCCCGGUUUCCCCGAGGGGAUCCUCGGCAUCGAGCUCAUGGACCGCUGCCGCAACCAGUCGCUCCGGUUCGGCACGCAGAUCUUCACCGAGACGGUGACCAAGGUCGAUUUCUCCGCCCGCCCCUUCAAGGUCUUCACCGACUCGAGGACCGUGGUCGCCGACGCCGUGGUCGUCGCCACGGGUGCCGUCGCGAAGCGGCUCAGCUUCCCCGGCUCCGGAGACGGGCCGAACGGUUUCUGGAACCGCGGCAUAUCGGCGUGCGCCGUGUGCGAUGGCGCCGCUCCGAUAUUCAGGAACAAGCCGCUGGCGGUGAUCGGAGGCGGUGACUCGGCGAUGGAGGAGGCGAACUUUCUGACCAAGUACGGGUCCAAGGUUUACAUCAUCCACAGGAGAGAUACGUUCAGGGCGUCGAAGAUUAUGCAGAACAGGGCUUUGGGUAACCCUAAGAUUGAGGUCUUGUGGAACUCUGCAGUGGUGGAGGCGUAUGGGGAAGGAGAGAGAGGGGUUUUGGGAGGGCUGAAGGUCAAGAAUGUCGUUAGUGGAGAGGUUUCUGAUUUGAAGGUCUCUGGAUUGUUCUUUGCCAUCGGGCAUGAGCCUGCUACUAAGUUUUUGGACGGACAGUUGGAGCUUGAUUCCGAAGGUUAUGUCGUGACGAAGCCUGGGACUACACACACGAGUGUAAGAGGAGUUUUCGCCGCCGGGGAUGUUCAGGAUAAGAAGUAUCGGCAGGCUGUUACUGCCGCUGGGACAGGGUGCAUGGCAGCCCUCGAUGCGGAACAUUAUUUGCAAGAAAUCGGAUCCCAGGAAGGUAAAAGUGAUUGACUAUCUGGCGUGAGCCCCAAGCUUUGAGGCCUCUUGAAUUGAAAGCAAAUUCAAAUCACUAGUAAUACAAAGGGAGCUCUCUAUAUAUCUAGGCAUUAUGUUGUUCAUUUUGCGUUUUUAAUUGCAACGAUCAUUCGACUAAUAUUCCGGUACAUGUUUAUGCCCACGAUGACUAUUAUACAAUUGGAUGUGAAGCAUACAAGAUUUGCCUUG